CUGCGUUGCAUUUGAACUGAUAAUUAUAUUUGUUUACUGUUUUACUCUACAUAGUUCACAAUGUUUUUAAAAUUUGUCAUUAUUUUAUAUGGUAAUAGAACAAAACUCUGACCACUGCUCUUCCCAAUUAUGCUGGCGAUAACCAUAAUUGGAAUUAGAUUUAGAGUAAUUAUGGAGUGAAAUAUUAUUAUUGUUGAUAGUGUAUUUCUGUUUUGUUAAGUGUGCCGUAUGUACAUAGUGUCUAAUGUUUUUAUAAAAAUAUUAGUUCCUUACAGCGCCCAUGGCAAUUCUAAUCUAAAAGUGAGCUAACCUUCCCGCGUAAACAGUAAAUUUCAGAAAAGAUUAAUUUAAUUCAUUGUUACACUAUUGAUAAUCAGUUUGUAAUGUAUGGUUUUGUUUGCAUUUUAAAGUUUACUAUAUAUUUUUCAAUUGAGAAUAAUAUAUCUGUUCAUUUGUGAUAAUAAACUAUUCCAUUUGAGUUUUGGUUAUCAGCUCUAUAAGUAAUGUGUGUAUAAAAAAUUGGAGAAAAAUAAUGAAGAGAAAACUGAAGUACUUUGACAUGGAAGAACUUGAAUCCAAGCAAUUUAGUUGCUUUGUUUGUACAGAGAAGUCUAAAGAAAAAGGAAUAUCCUUAUUACAAUCUCAAACUGCAUUUUCACGAAUAUCUUUAGGUGAGAAGCUUCAAGAAAUUCUUGGCACGAAGUAUGUUGUUCUUGUUACUUCUAGAGAUUCAAUAUGUUGGGAUUGUGCAAGCUACAUCAAUUGGGUUGACCGUUCUGAACAUAAAGUGGAUUUAGUGAAAGAAUAUAUAGUUAAUCAAGUCAGUUUAAAAUAUAGGAAGAUUGAAGUAACUCUUCAAGAAACUGUCGAAAAUUCUGAGUUGCUUCAAGAAGCAGUGCCUAAUCAGAAACCAGCCACGCCACCUUUACCAACUGUUAUGUCUAUUCAUACUGAAACAAAGGAGGUUAAAGAAGACCCUCCUCCAAAGGCCAGAAAAAAGAAAGAAUACUCAUGCAAAUACUGUGGCAAAGGCUAUGUGAGCUUGAUGUCUUUAAGUAUGCACAUUCAAAGGCUUCAUGGUGGUAAAGAAGUCUGUGAAGACUGUGGUGCAAGAUUUGAGACAUUAGCACUACUUAAAAGACAUAUGAAGAGUCACAUUCCUGCAGAUAAACAAUUAACUUGUGUCUCAUGCGGUUUUCAUACAACCAAUACUGAAGUUUAUUGUCGGCAUGUUUGUAACUCAAGCAUUGUAUCACUGACCUGCGUUACUUGCAAUAAAAGGUAUGUUGAUUCCAACUUCAAAAACGAUUCCAGUUCUGGUACUUAUCAAUGUCAAUCUUGUGCUACUGAUGAAUCAACAAGACUUGAACAAGAGCAACCUUCCCAGGAAGAAAAUACUGGUGCUGAACUUGCCACAGAAAUGCCUGAAUUUUUUAAGGAUCCUGAAAACAAUAAUGAUGUAAGGAAUUUAGAAAGAAGUGAAGAAGAUUGUGUAUCUUACUUACGGUGUGAAGGUUGUGAGGAGCAAUUUAAGCUUGGUGACUUAACAAAACAUUUGUGUUUUAUAAGAGGUGACACUGUGGAGUUUGUUGAAGUGGAGGCACCUACAUUUCAAGGAAAGAAAAGCCAACCCACUUCAGUUCCUUUAUAUUGUAAAGAUUGUGGUGAUCAGUUUGUGAAUAUAGAAGACUUAAGAAAUCAUUGGGAUCUUACGGGCCAUUUGAGACAGGUAAGUACUUCAGGUGUUGAGCUCAAUAAAAUAAGAGACAAGUAUAAAAAAACAGAAGCUACUUUUAAAGUUGUUAAACAGAAUUUUAAUAUUCGUGCCAUAAUACCUGGUCAAAAUGAAGAGGCUCUACGUUCUGCUGAUGAUUAUAAGGAUAUGUUUGUUAAGGUAAGCAGAAAAACUGAUUCUAUUGAAGAUUUUGUCAGGAAAGAUGGAAAAGAGUGUGAAACAUGUGGCAUUGUUUUUGCAACUAAAGAGCUACUCGAAGAACACCAGCAAAUGGAUUGCCUGACUUGUGUUACUUGCUCUGUGUCUUUCUAUGACAAUAAGCUACUCAAGAGACAUUAUCUUUACACAGGGCAUGCUAAUAGAAUCAUUCAGCCACCUCAGUUGGUUUCUGAUAAUAAAGGACCCAUGGGAUUCAAAUGCCAUCGCUGUGUCAAAUCAUUUCAAUCUAGAUUUCUACUUAAAAAACAUUUUCAGGUUCAUUAUCGAGGUACAAAUAAAGGUGCUUGUCAAUUUUGUCUUCUAGAAUUUGAAAACAAGAAUGAUAUCCAGCAGCAUGUUCUUGAAGCACAUGGAGCACAUUUAUACAAAUGCAGUCAUUGUGAUCGUACAUUUAUGUCGGAAACAUUUAGAAAUAGACAUGAAGCAAAACACAAGGAUCCCUUUGAAUGUCAGAUAUGCAAUAUAAGAUUUAUUAGUAAAAAAUCUCUGCUUUUACAUAAUGAAACAUAUCAUCAAGGAGAAUCUGGUUCCUGUACUCUGUGUGGGAAAGUUUUUGAAGAUCCUUUAGCUCUUAGGAAACAUGAAAGACGUCAUUAUUUUGAGAAACAAUUAAAUUGUGAUGUAUGUAAGAAGAGGUUUAGAAAUAAAGCUCUUUUAAUCACUCAUUUGAAGAUCCAUGGAGAUAAAAUCAAAGCUAAAUGUGAUGUUUGUCAGCUUGGAUUCACUACUGAGGAAGGAUUAAAAGAACAUAAAUUUUCUCAUAUGAAGCCCGGAAGAUAUAAGUGUCCAAGAUGUAACAUUUCUUUUGCAAACAAAGCUAAUUUCUGGAUGCAUACAAAGACACACGAAGCAUGCUAUGUUUGUACAGUAUGUAAUAGAAGUUUCAGGGACACCUCUUUGUUAGCUGUCCACAGGAGAAAACAUUGGCGUGUUAGGCCUUACCAGUGCCCUCAUUGUCCUCGCACAUUUUCUGUACCUGCGACUUUAAGGAGACAUUUGCAUGUACAUACUCGUAUUUAUCCGCAUAAAUGUGGUCUUUGUAAAAGAGGUUUCCUCACAAGACAUGCUUACCAUCGACAUACUGAAACAGUCCAUGGUGUUUCUCACAGCUUUCCACAAAGAAGGCCUAACAUCCCUUCUUUGCCAUUAAAUGCAACUGAUGAGGAUAUCUUCCAAGCUGCUGAUACUCUAAUUGCUGAUGAUUCAUUAAUGUUUAAUGAUUAUCAAAAUAAAGAAAUUGAACAGGUAUCUUCAACUGAUCUUAUUACCAAUGAAGUAGUUGUAGAAACAACUGAGUUAUUUGAUGAAAUUUUGCAUUGAUAACAUCCAUUGAUUUAGUUUUAAAGUUUUUAUUUAAAAAAUAAAUUAAAGUAUUUUAAAAAUUAAAAAAAAAUGUAGAACUUAUAAGUACAUUUUUUAUUUUACAUAUAAUUUGAAAAUUAUUUUUUACCUGAUUCAAUUUACGAAACUUGAAAAAUGUAGAUUAUAUAAACCAAUACUUGGUUUAUAAAUUAAAUAUAUAAAUCAUAUUUGUGAAUAUUAAAUUUUUUGUUUUCAUUAUUUUUUAAAAAUUUGUUUUACUAGUUUUAUAUUAUCUUAUUAAUGUUAAAGGCCCACUCUUGCCAACCCUUCGUACGUGAUUAAAAUUACUAUCUUG